AUGUCCAACAAGUCAACAAGAAUCAAAGCAGGUUUAAUAUCAAACAUAACAGCAAAACUUUCUGCAAAUCUUCAUAUUGAUGAAACAGGAAUAUGUGGUGGAGAUUGGGCUGAUGAAGAUGAUCUUAAUAGAGAAAAUCUUAAUAAUAAGCAAGAUGAACAAGCCCAUUCACCAAAACUAUUUUAUCCAGCAGUUGCAUUAAAAUUAGAAGAACUCAGUGGACGUCUUCAAAUCGAACAUCGUUUAGCAAAAAAUGAAAAAUUUCAAGAUCAACAAUAA